UUGAAUCGUCCAAAGCCGCCACCAUUGCUGCCCAAGGAUCAGCGCGAGUUCGAGGAGCUCGUUCGCGCAGCGGCAUCCACCAAUUCAGCCCUCCACCCUGAUGCACGCAGACCACCUCCUCCGGAAUUCGAGGGCGACACAAACCCAGUCACAGGCGAAGUGGGCGGGCCGAAAAGAGAACCUCUACGGCACGGAGACUGGAGCUACAGUGGUCGCACGUCAGAUUUCUGA